AGGACAGCAACAAGGUGGAGCAAUGAAGUCUGUGUGGCCGUCUGCAUUGUUGCUCUCGCUUCUUUGCACUGGAGCUCUGGGUUUUGACAUUCUGCCAGGCAGUUCUCUGACUCACCUGGACAUCACUCUGCAGGCCCUGUUUAAUGUGACUGUGCAGGUGUGCCGAGCAUUUGCUAAGGCUGAAGGGACAGACUUCAUUUUCCCUGCACAGCCUUUCACCAUACAGGGUGUUGCUACGGCCUGUGGUGCACCUCAGUCAUCUAAAACUUUCGUUCGGUCCAUUCUGCACAUCAUAUACAGGAAUGUGCGUGUGGACAUCCGCUAUGCCUUGAAUGCCAGCUUCCACUUUGAUGAUGAGAUGUUUGUUCAAGGAAAGAAAAUCAUCAUAGAGGGAAUACAGGCGGUCAAAGCAAGCAACAAGCUGGAGAAUUAUGAGGCAGCGAGGCAGAACCUGGGAGAAAUUCUGCAUCCUUUGCAGGAUUUCUACAGUCACAGCAACUGGGUAGAACUGGGAGAAAAAAGCCCCAACUCCAAUCUAAUCAAAUCUGGCGCCAGCAUUGGGAACAUAGCAGCUAGGAGCAGGGCGACCUGCCGCAGCUGUGAUGGCAACAACUGCAGCAACAACAUUUUGGAGGAUAUCAUAGCGGAGAAGAUCCUGACGUCUGGAUACUUUAGUCUCACGCCUGUAUUUGCAUUGAAACCAAAGGGAAAAUGCAGUCAUGGAGGGGCAGUUGAUCAGACAAGUAAGAUCGAGCCUAUAGGUGGGAUCAACAAAGACAAAGAGAGUUCCAGCCAUGGGUAUCUUCACACUCAAGCUGCAAACAUUGCAAUAGCUGCAACAAGUGAGCUUCUAGAGGACAUUCGGGGGGCUGCUGGUGACAGACCAUUCUUGCGGAUGAUGGGUCUCUUUAAAGGAUCCAGUAAGGCUCUUUGUUUUGUCAUCGACACCACAAGCAGCAUGAAAGAUGACAUUGCAACAGUGAAAAAUGUCACUUCCACUAUAAUCAACCGUGAUGUGGGAACAGCCAAUGAGCCCUCGCUGUACAUUCUUGUACCAUUUAAUGAUCCAGGCUUCGGACCACUGACAAAGACAACAAACUCAGCAGUUUUCCAGAAUGCGAUUGAUUCUCUUGUAGCCACCGGUGGAGGAGAUCCACCGGAGAUGAGUCUCUCAGGGCUUCAGCUGGCUUUAAGCGCUGCUCCAUCAAAUUCUGAGAUCUUCCUCUUCACGGACGCAGCCGCUAAAGACAAAAACCUGAAGAGCACAGUGAUCGCACUCAUAGAGAGGACCCAGUCGGUGGUCAAUUUUAUGAUAACUGACACAUCAUCAGUCAACAGUCGGAAGCGGCGUGCUCCAUCCAAUAGGAUAGCAGAAGCUGAUGCUCAGCUGUACAGAGAUCUGGCUCAGGCUUCAGGAGGCCAAGCUAUCGAAAUCACAAAGAGACAACUUCCUCAGGCCACAGCCAUCAUAAAGGAGUCCUCCAACGCCUCUCUGGUGACCCUUCUUCAAGCAGCCAGGAACCCAGGAAAGGCUGAAAGCUUCACUUUUAUGAUUGAUGACUCGGUAACAAAUCCUACAGUUUACAUUACUGGGGAAUCCAUCACUUUUACUCUCAUUAGCCCCACAGGUGAAUCUCAGGAUAGCAGUGACACAAUGGGGUCACUGAUCAUUACAUCCCAGUCUGUGGGAAACUUCUGGUCCCUGCAGCUAAAAAAACAAACUGGAAAAUGGGAAAUGAGAAUGGUGUCAAGUAACCCCUACACUCUGAAGGUCAUAGGUCAGAGUCCUAUUGACUUCUUCUUUGACUUAGUGGUGGUGUCACAGGGCCCUUUUGGAGGAUUUGAUACCCUGGCGACACGUCCCAGUGCUGGUGGCAAUGGUAGCCUGUUGAUGUCUUUAACGGGGAGUGACACUGCCACGGUGACAGAAGUCACUCUGGUUGGAUCAUCUGGGUCAGAGGUGAUUAAAGGAGUCUUGGUGCCGCAGAGCAAUGCAAGCAUCUUGGUUCUGGUUGACAAGUUUCCAUCAGAGGACUUUGAGGUGCAGGUGAAGGGACAAGCUGAUAGUUUCACCUCCAAGGCUUUAAUACUCUUCCAGAGACAGUCACCAACCAACUUCAGAUCAUCAAAUCUGACGAUAAAUGCUAAUCCAGAGACCAUCAUAGUACCCGGAACGCUAUUUUCUGUGCCCUUCACUCUGAUGACGAGUGGAACAGGUGGAAACUUCACAAUUCGAUCCACCAACAGCAGAGGGUUCGACUCUACAUUUCCAACCAGUAUGUUCCUGGAGCCUGGAAUCACGAAUAAUGGCACAGUGACCCUCUCAGCACCUCUGAAUACCACAUCUGGAACUGAUGUCACCCUGGCCAUUGAGGCCGAGGCUCCUGGGGGCACAGACAGUAACUACAUUGUGUUGCGCUUCUCCGUUCUUAACACGGUGACCGAUUUCAAGGCACCAGUGUGUGAGCAGCUCAGCCUGCAGACCAACUGCUCUGUUAACUGCAGCAUGAGGAUGUGGGAGGUCUCUAGCCGGGUGACUGAUGGAGCUGAUGGGACGGGCGUUGAUCUUGUCACCCUCAAGCAAGGAAACGGGACCAUAAACACCACCCUGGAUUCAAGCAAUGAGAACAUAACACUGGUGUACUACAGCGCAUCCUGCUGUUCACCUGACAUGGAGAUAGAGGUUGUGGAUCGCGUGGGUAAUGUAGCCACCUGCUCCUACAGCGGAAGGCAAGGUACAAUAUCUCCUGUCUCUGAAGCCACAAAGCUCACUUGGUCGCCCUUAUUUUGCCUCAGCAUUGUGAUUGUGGGACUCCACAUUCUGACAAAAAUGGGCACCCAGUGACUCCAUGUCAGUGUGGUACAGCUAUAAUUUAUAUACGUCAAUAUAUCAGUUAUAUCAGUUCUAUUUUGACAUUUAACUACUACUAGUAUAUUGGCUACUGUGGUAUGGAGGCACUUACAGAAACUGAUGCCUUGAAAUAUAUUACAGCACUGUGCACAACUAUUAUGCCACCUCUAAUUUCUUUAAAAUUUUCUUACUUUCUUCUAUUUCACUUGUAUCAAGUAGUCCUGAUCAAUACUUCUCCAGACGUUCUGAAGUUUUUCUUUGGACAUUGGGUGCCUUUUCACUCUUUUUCAGUCCAGUCCAUGUACCUGAUCAUUUUCAUAAUAAUGUUCUUUCUGGUCAGUUUACACUGACCUAUGAGUCAAUGAAACAUAAGAAAGGCAGCUAACUCAAAGCAGACAUCCUAUCAAAGAAUUUUAAACCCUUUAUUACAACAAAACCUUUUGCAAAAACACAGAAUUUGAUCUCACUUUUUUAGCCAAAUCUACAAAAAAAAAAAUGCCAGAGAUAUCACAGUUUGUCAAGUUGUGCACCAGCAAGUUGAGCUACGAGAAUUAACCGAGAUGGAAAGAGUAACACAACAGAAAAAGACAGCAAUCAUGGAUUGGCCUCCCCGGAGACCAGACCUGAACAUUAUUGAAGCAUUUUGGGAUCCUGUUCGCAGAAAACGGAACAAAAGGCAGCCAACAUCCAAAGAAGAGCAUUGGAUGUCUUUCCAGAAGUCUGCAGAACUGUUCCUGAAGACUACUUAAAGGAAGUAGCAGAAAGCCUGCCUAAGAGAGUCCUUAGGGUCUAGUAAAGCGCUAUACAAAUACAUGCCAUUUACCAUUUUACCAGUUCAGGCUGUGUUAUGUUGACACAUAGUUCAUUUUCAUAGCAAAAUAUCAUGAAAUGAGUCAGUGGCUCAAGACGUUUACAGUACUGUAUAUAUUUCCAUAAUUACGCAUAAAAACAUUAUUCAUCCAUGUUAUGUCUUUUUGGGGGGAUUUUGAUCAUACAUACAGCUUCAUAUCUUAAACCACUGAUUUCUCAGCUAAUAUGGGAACUGAUUUUUGAUUGAAACUUGACGUAUUUAAUUCUGUCUUUCUGUUAUGAAGCUAAUGCUCUUCUUAAUUUAUCAUGCUCUAAUUUGUACUGCUCAGUUUCCACAUUUUCACAGUUUGUGGGAGUUUUAAAAAAAAGGUAAAAACAGGUGUUUUGGAAGCUCUUUGGAUGGAAAUUUUAAAAAAUGUUAAUGGUGGAAAUGGGGCAACAAGAAAUGAACAAGUCAAGCAGUAAAAAAAAACACUUUUUA